AUGGCGUCCCCCCAUCGUUCGGGGACACCCCUAAUCUCCCCCCCUUUCUUUUACGCACCCUUCCUCGCUUCGCGACUCCUCCUCGUCCUCCUUUUCUCUCCCCUAGCGACAGUGCCCGCCGCAGCGACAUCCAACGACACCGACGCUCUAACCGCCUUCCGCCUCAGCACAGACGCGCACGGGAUCCUCGCCUCCAACUGGAGCAGUCCCGACGCCUGCUCCGGUCGAUGGCGCGGCGUCACCUGUUCCCCGGGUUUAGGGCGGGUCAUCUCCCUCUCCCUCCCCGCCUUCGACCUCCGCGGCCCCCUCGACCCACUCGCCCUGCUCGAUCAGCUCCGUAUCCUCGACCUCCGCGGCAACCGCCUCAACGGCUCCCUUGCUCCCGCUUUCCUUCUCCCCAAUCUCAGGCUUCUCUACCUCUCCCGCAAUGAUUUCUCCGGCAAUAUUCCCGCCGCCGGCCUCGCCCGCCUCCCCCGCCUCAUCCGCCUGGACCUGUCCGACAACAGCCUCACUGGCCCUAUACCCAGUGCCGUCGCCCUCGCCCACAUCCCUGGCCUCCGCACCCUCCGCCUUCAAGACAACCUCCUCAUCGGCGGCAUCCCCGAUGUGGCGGCGGCCAUUCCAAGCCUCAAGGAUUUUAAUGUAUCCAACAAUCAGCUCUCCGGCAAGGUGCCCGACGCAGUCCAGGCCAAGUUCGGGAAUGUGUCGUUCGCCGGUAAUGCCGGGCUCUGCGGAUCGAGGGCCCCCCUCCUCCUCUGCUCCUCCACAGGGCGCGUAGGGGGGACGAUGUCGCCUCCUCCGCCGUCUGUCCCUCCCAUCGUGCCUUCGACGCUCACCUCCGAGUUCGGUUCCCUUUCGGCCGGCAGUGGUGGCAACACCAGUGGUACAGAGCCCGGGAAAAGGGGCGGAGACGGCUGGGCGCAGAAAAUGUGCCCCCUGGCCAUUGUGGGUAUUGCGGUCUGCUUCUCCUGGUGUUGACGGUUACUGAUUAUUAUGCGGCGGGGUCUCGAAGAACAAUGGCGAGAAAGGGGAUGGUGGCAUGAUUCACCGCGAUAGUAAUAACACCUACAAUCCUGAUGCAGCGGCAGAGGUCCAUGGCAGCAGCAGCUUGGUAUUCUUCGACAAGCGGCGGGGGUUCGAGCUGGAGGAUCUGUUGAGGGCUUCGGCAGAAAUGCUGGGGAAGGGCAGCCUGGGGACGGUCUACCGAGCGGUGCUGGAGAGCGGCUACGCGGUGGCGGUGAAGCGCCUCAAGGACGCCAACCCUUGCAGCCGAAUCGAGUUCGAGCGGUAUAUGAAGGUGGUGGGCGGCCUUCGCCACCCCAACCUCGUCCGUCUCCGAGCUUACUACUAUGCCGCGCAGGAGAAGCUCCUUGUCUACGAUUACCAACCCAACGGCUCCCUCUUCUCCCUUCUUCAUGGUGUGUUCUCACUCUGCUGCAAAUAAAUGUUGCCCCUUCUUGCGCUGUCGUCUCAGGCUCGUCAUUGUCGUAUGUAUGACGGUAUUGUGCCGCAGGCAACCGGGGAAGGCCACAGAGGGUCCCUCUGGACUGGACCGCUCGGAUCGCCCUGGUGAUGGGCGCCUCUCGCGGCCUCGCAUUCAUCCACGAGCAGUACAGCUCGGCGAGGAUUCCCCACGGGAACCUCAAGUCGUCGAACAUUCUCCUGGACAAGAACGGGAGCCCCUGCCUCUCCGACUUCGGGCUGGCACUGCUCCUGAAUCCUGCGGAUGCAACGGCGAGGCUGGGCGGAUACAGGGCUCCGGAGCAGACAGAGACCAGAACGCUGUCCCAGGAGGCAGAUGUCUACGGGUUCGGCGUGGUGCUACUGGAGGUCCUCACUGGGAGAGUUCCGUCCCAGUGCGGCGGCGACGACGGCGGCGGCACCGUCGGGAUCGACCUUCCGGAGUGGGUCCGGUCAGUGGUGAGGGAGGAGUGGACGGCGGAAGUGUUUGACGCGGAACUGAUGAGGUACAAGAACAUCGAAGAGGACAUGGUGGCGAUGCUGCAGGUGGCCAUGGCCUGCGUGGGCCCGCGGCCCGAGGAGAGGCCUAGGAUGUGCGAGGUGGUCAAGAUGAUCGAGGACAUCAGAGGGGACCUUUCAUCCCUCGUGGACGAGGAGGAACUCGACGAUUCUCUCGCCUCCUCCUCCCCCUCCAUCGUCACCACAGAUUGUGAUGUCAACCGGCCGAGCUAUUGA